GCACGGAGAAAUGACAGCUUGGGCUGGAAUUUGGGCUGAACUGCAUCCCAUCACAGACGGGCUGCAACUGUCCGCUCGGUCCAACUAUGUGACGGCUGGCGUGUUCUCUUCCGAGGCAUUAUUGGCUGCUUUUAUAGAUUUUUUAAAUCUUCAGAAUGGGUCCGGUGAAAUGGGUGCUGAAGUUGACCCGGCGGUGUCCUUUGGAUGUUGCGGUGCUCCGUCGGAAACUGGACUAGAUUUCAGUGCUUGUGGAAAUGCUACCUCUCUCCGUGCGGGACAGUGGAAUAUGUUGCAGCUGUAAUGACCGGAGCGCGUGUGGAGGAGAUAACGGAAUUACCUCUCGGACCGACGAACUGUGCGCGCCGCCGUUCACUCUGAAUUUCUCCAGGAUUUCUCCCUUCUGCAGACACUGGAGACUUUCCAGUGCACUGUUUUAUAGGUAGACUUUUUUUUUUGCAUGUUGUUUUUGUCCGCCCAAAGUAGACCGUAAUUCAUGCAAUGCACAUCUAUUAAAUCGUUCAGUAUAACGCGCUUGAAUAGUCACAUUUCACUUAUUUGUUAUUGCGUGGAAGAGAGGCUAUUGCGGAUUAAAUGGACAUAAGGCUGCUCCACAUAAUAUGAGCGUCCCCUCUGAGCUGCCAUUUGUCCUCGAUAAAUGUCCGCGUGCUGUCCAGCACAACAUUUUUUUGGGAUUAUGACUCUUGUCACCAGCUGGACAGAGAGCAUUAACCCUUGAACUGGUAAUGAGAUAAAGAAUCACACAACAUAUAAUAUGACGCCAAGAUGUAACAUUAGUAGUCUUUGUUAAUUAUUUAGCUCAUAAUUAACCAGAGCCUUUUACGCGCACCUCUCCAAUGGAUGCAUGUCGCCAAAAGGUCAAGUCCUUAUGUGAUAAAAGCGCAUUAAGGAGGCGAUGACUUGUAACUUGACCGCAUGAAAACACCAGUGCACGGAUAAAGGAAAGUUAUUGGAGCUGCACUUGUUUGAUGAAGUUGCUUUUACGCACCGGAAAGCAUGCGCUCAAAAAUGAAGAUCUUCUAGGCCUGUCUUCUACUGAAAGUAGUUUUGCAUCAAAGAUGCAUGGCUUUUUUAAAUUUAUUUUUUUAUGAGACCGUCGCUAUGAAUACGCAUUUUCUAAUCUGGUUCGCUUUUUUUCUGGAAAACAUGAUGUGGAGCCGCCUGGUGUGAUUUUCUUGCUGUUUCCAUGCGUCUUUCUUCUUCUCCAGACCUCUGGACGUUGUUGUGGAUUGUGUGGCUAUUUAAUGCAAUGGGCUGUAUCCAGAGUAUCAGGUGUAAGCCCAAGAGUUUCCGAGACAGUAUCAUCGUCCUGGAGGUGAACACCUCCAUCGACCCCAACCCCACCAGCAUCGACGAGUCAUCCAGCGUGGUCCUGCGCUACCGGACACCCCACUUCCGAGCUUAUGCCCGGGUCCUUGUGCCGCCAGUCGCCAGUAAAGAGACAUGGACCAUUGGCUGGAUUCAAGCCUGUAACCACAUGGAGUUCUACAAUACGUAUGGAAGCAAAGGGAUGUCAAGUUGGGAGCUCCCCGACCUGCGCGACGGCAAAAUCCAGGCCAUCAGCGACUCGGAUGGAGUGAACUACCCGUGGUACGGCAACACAACGGAGACCUGCACUGUGGUGGGCCCCACCAAGAAGGACAGCAAGUUCACCGUCAGUAUGAAUGACAAUUUCUACCCCAGCGUGACCUGGGGUGUGCCCGUCAGCGACAGCAACGUGCCUCAGCUCAGCAGCAUCCGCCGCGACCAGAGCUUCACGACGUGGCUGGUGGCCAUCAACCCGGCCACCUUGGAGACACUGGUGCUGCAGACGAUCCACUGGAGGAUGCGGCUUCACAUCCGCGUGGACCCGGAGAAGCCUCUGGGUCACAGGGCUGCGCUGAACGAGCCCGUGGUCCAGGAUCAACCCCAGAUCCUGGGCAAGAAUGAGCCCAUCUCCUCGAACGCCAUGGUCAAGCCCAACGCCAACGACGCCCAGGUGCUGAUGUGGCGGCCAAAGAACGGUGACCCCAUGGUGGUCAUCCCAUCUAAAUACUGACCAGACUGGCCUUGGAUACCUUAAUCGUAUCAUCUCUUAUUUAUUCUCUUUCUUUUGAUCCUGCUCGUCACCAGCGCUCACCGCUUUAACCCUUUCCACCCCCCUUUUUUUUGCCUCUACGUUGUUCUCUCCGAUGUUUAAAAAACAGACGGAGAGAAAAACUGGCAAACGGAACCACCUCGGAGAAAACUACCGGCUGUGGUGGGAGGGGUGGGGUGAGGUGAGGCGGGCUUGAACACACUUUUGAGACUGGAGUGAACAAACUGCAACCAUUCUACCUUCAAACUGGGUCGGGUCGCACUGUGCUAAAUGAAAUCAUUGCAACAAAAAUGAAAAAAAACGAAAUAAUUUAUUUUUAUUUUUUAUUUCAGUUUUAUAUUUGGGCUGUUUCGGGCCAAGUGAUAUGGCGUUUGUGAGUUUGGGUGGAUCUAAGUAUUUACAUAACCAUGUCACAUGCUACACACAUGGAUGUACACAAACCUUGUGUAUGAAUACCAGUUGUGGUUUUAUUUAUGGGCCGGGAAGAGUGCAUUUACUUUAGUUUGUUGUUGCAUUGGGUGACAUGAUAGAUUUUAGGACUUUUUUUAAAAACAUGCAAGACAUUCAAUCCAUGCUGCCUUAAGUUUACAUUGCUUUCCAUUGCAAACUUUUUCGCCUUAAACACAGUGCAAUGCAGUAUUCCUGCUCGACCGUCCCGUCUCUUCCAGACAUGCCGGUGCUGGUCGGCUUCAGAACAGGGGCGAUACCACAGAAGAAGACCCGGGUCUGAAGGCUUUUAUGUGCAGUUGCAUUUACAUGACAGAUGUAUUGUCUCACGAGUACAACCAGCAUUAUGCGUGAACACAGUGACACAACCGGUUGUGUUUCAAGUGCGUUACGCAACAGGCGUGACGCUCUGUCCUGAGACAGAGAACACCAGUAAAGCCAACCGGCGUCCACAGCACUCGACACAAUGACGAGCAGGAGCAACUUGAGCACCAAGUACUCAACGGCACUCGUCCGCUAACCUCAUUUCAUUCGCUUUAUUCUUUAUUUUAUAGGCCUGGCCUUCAGCAUCAGAACAUUUGUUUUCCUUGCUCUGCACCGCUCCAUCUCAGGGCCGCCCUUCUUCCCUUCCGUCCCUUCUCUUCUUGCAUCCAUCCGGUUUCCGCACCGACUCUUUUUCUUUUGCCACAGCGAGUAACUGUGUUUGCGCCGCUCACGUCAAAACUUUGAUGAACAAGCAGCCACGCAGACAGGAGGAAUAAGCGGAUACUUAACCCUCCUGUUGCCUUAGGGUCAAUUUGACCCCAUUCAAUGUUUAACCCUCCUGUUACCUUUAUAUUUACUGACAUAUUUUACCCUCGGGGUCAAUUUGACCCCAGCAAUUAAAACCUCCAGAAAAUUAUUAGAAUUAAUAUUGUUUUCCAAGUUUAAGUGUGAGAUACUUUAUGUUUGUUUGUUGACUACCUAAAUAGCCCUUUAAAUAUAUAAAAAAGUUGAUAUUUCUUAUAUGUUUGACACAGUGAAAAACAGCCUGGGGUCAAAUUGACCCGAAAGAACACCGACAUUAAACAUUGAAUGGGGUCAAAUUGACCCGAAAGGUAACAGGAGGGUUAAAAACUGGAGGUUGAAAGCAGCAGGAUGUUUGCUGCUGGGCCGUCUAUCUGGACUCUCCUCGACACGUGUGUAUUUAUAAUUGCGGCCUUUCUUUAAAUCGAUAACACCCCUUUUCUCUCGUGUAAUAACAACUUGAAAACAUGUCUCUCGUGCCGACGGCGGUUCUGUCCCUCAUCCUCAAGCAUCUGUAAUCUUCAUCGGCCCCAGAGUUCUUCUUCCGCUCGUCUUCGACUCGUCGUCGUCUGUUGUCGGGUCUGAAGAGCAGGAGGCAUGUUGUGAUCCCGGCUGCUCGGUCGGCAUAAAGAUGACCCGCUCCUCUGCCCGUGUGGGGGUUUGUCUCCCUUUAUUGUCCCGCCAGCAAAUAUAAGGAAACAAGAAGGCAUCCACAAACAGCUCUGGUCAGCGCGAUACCAACAUUAAAUGAGAUGAUGCCUGUUUAGCUGUUGAUCUUUCAAGAAAAAAGUGCUUCAGCUGCAAACUCCAAACCCUUAAAAGCAGAGAGAGAGACGCUGAUGUUGGCAUCAUGGGGACUAAAAAGUUAUUUAUGCACACAUGUUCUUUUAAAAUCUCUCGGUUUGUUCUGUUAAAGGCCAGUUUUUCACUUUCAGUAUUCAGUAUUUUACAGAUCAGUAAGCUGCUGCUAUUUCAGCUCCUCAGCGUCUCCUCACUCGCUGUACAACGCAUCCAUCCCUCAAACUCGGUGCAGGGUUUGUGUUGUUUUAGGACAUUUUGUACAUUUAACUGUAUAAAACUAAUAUAUUUUGUGAAUUAACUUAUUUGGCAAGUACUAUGAUAUGGCUGAUAUUUCUACCAAGACUGAAAGAAAGAAUUUCACAUUUUGGGAGAUAUGCUUAUAUCCCCUCAUGCGUGUGAACUGAGUGUGAAGCUUCAGCCGACAGUUUGCUUGGUUUAACGAGUCAGAAGGUAGAAUCAGCGAAGCGCCUCCUGGCUCUCGCUUCAUAUUUAACACGCAGUAACAAGAGCUGAGCUGAACCAGAGCUCAAACAUCUACCCAUCGGGUCCAUUUGACGCCACGACCUGAGCUGCUUUGUUCCCAUCACAGCCACGUGUAAUGCUCGCACACACCGUAAACACACGUAUAUAGACACUCCCGCUCGGCUCGUUUCACGCCUUAACCACGAUGGCCUUCGCUCCAGGCCGGGUCGCAGGGCGGAGGGAGAAGAGGAGGAGGAGGAGGAGGCUAUUGGGGGACUGCUGUCAUAAUUAGAUCUGCAGUGACACACUUGCAUGCCCUAGAUGGGCCGAACUGUGCUGGCUCUGUGUCGUGAGUCGUGGUUGAGGUUUAAGUGAGGUCAGACGGCAACGCUCGGGGUCAAAGUGUUCGGCUGAGGCAAGCCGUCAAAGUCACCACGCGCACAGCAGCGGCGGCGCGAGGAAUAUGAAUUGUGGCAACAAAUUGAAUCCAUUUCGACAUAAUAGCCGGCCUAAAAUAACUGUGACAUUUACCAAGCCCAACUUGGAUGUCAAGCACAAGUUAUUUCAAUGUGUGGUUGGUUUUGAACGCCCCGCCUCGUGUUAUAAACUCCGUCAACCUUUCACCUCAUGGAGUCAUCGUACCGGCUUUGCAAUGACCCACGCACAUCGUGGACGGUACCUGAGCUGGACGACAUAUAAUGACAUUAACGCUUGGCACGCUGAUUUGCACCGCGCUCACAACGUGUGGCAAAUCCCAUUUGAGGGAUUUAGGUCGAAUGAGGAGUUCCACUGAUGUGCUUCUGCUGUUGUGGAGUCACACUUCCUUCUCUCUCACACAAACACAGUGCAGCAAAGGUUACGUCCUUGUUCAUAAAUCAGGGACAGAGCAUGCCCCCCCCCCCCCCCCCCCCACACACACACACACACAAACACACGUACACACUCACACACACAGGAGCAGCCCUUGCGUGGUAUCUGAUUGUCACAGCAGGACAUUGGCAGUGAGAACUCAUUUAUCUGCACGCGGACCCUCUGUACACAUGCACAUGCUACAAAGCCAUAUACACCUGUUUUACUAAUAAUCAGGACGUGAUACAUGUUUUAAUGUGAAAGAGAAAUGGAAGUAUUGAGAUCAUUGAGUGGGUGCCGGUCAACUAUCAACAACAUACAUUGUAGGAUUAGGGCACGAAUUGUCUUCCGCGUGUAUGUGUGUGUGUGUGUGGGGGGUGUGUGUGUGUGUCUGUUGGGAUGUGUUAAUGAUGUGUAUUUUAUGUUAACAUGACAUAAACACUUCAUAAAGGCUUUAUGUGCUCCUUAACCCUUAAUAAGCCACACAAAAACAAAAUGGCACAUUGUUUGUUUGCCGUAUGGAGGGCCAACGGUGCCAAAAAUUGGACAAAGCCAAAACUAUGCACUGGUACAUUGUUAGUAACUCAUGAACUCCUGGCAUUUAAUAGCAGGCCUGUUUUCAAUUAUUUUUCAUCCUUAAAUGCAUUGUGCAUAUUUGUAUUUCCAGAGAAACAUUGACAAAGCAAAAUGUCGCCAUGUGGAAGAUUCUUUGUUGUCGGGUGUUCUGCUUGUCGGGCCGAGCCGAGGGGACGAAAGGGAGGGCUGCUACCUUCGCUUCGGAUCAAUAUGUCGUUAUUGAACUACCACGAAACAUCAGUGAAUCAACACCUCUUUAUUUAAACCACGUUCACACUCGGGAUCGCCUGCCUGCCUUCAUUUCCUGACUUUGACUUCUAUCCAAUGAAAUAUAAAACAAGUGAAUCUUGCUGUUUUCCCUCCAAAAUGGAAUCAACACAGCCCCACGCAACCCUUCUGUGUAGCACAGAAGAUAACGUGAGCGACUUUAUGUGUUUCUCAUUCUGUUUGUUUUCUUUUCCGCGUGUACAGCACUGAAAUAGUGAAAGCAGUUUGUGUACUUUUGUUUGGCUUUGACUUUUACACCAAUACUUGAAAAUGGGUCCGUUCUGGCAAACAUUUAAAACUGUGAAAAUGCACAACAUUGGGGAAACAAACCCGGAAAAAAAUAGAUAUAAUAAAAAGGUCUUUUUCAUGAAUGAAUAAAACGAACAAACUUGA